UUUGGUGUUGUUUGUGUGGAAUCGCAUAUAUGAGGCAUCGGUGGAGAGUUGGCGCGCUGACUGAUCCCCACAAAACGUCUCAUCUUCAAAUCCGACCACCAAGCCUUUUCAACAAUGGAUGACGACAGUAAUGGACGCGAAGACCGUCCUUUCAGAGUCGGAAACCUCGAUUUCUUUCAGCGUUUUGCGCCUCAUUUCCUCUUCGGUGGCUUCCACCCGUCUUUUGGCCCUCGACGUCCAGUCUCCAGCUCUUACUCGUCUUACUCUCCGCCAUUUCUCGACAUGACACACCCUAACAUUUUCCAUCGAUUCACUCCUUCGUCUUUCUUCAGCCUGGCAAUCUCAAGAUAUGGGCCCUACCAACGGUAGUGCUGGCAUUAGCAUUCCCACUCAUGAAGCUGGAUUGAGUAAUGGAGGUCAUGGCGGACCUGAUGAACAAAACUGGACCAAUGGCGGACGCUCACCUGGCAGGGCGCCAGGAGGCGAACCCCCUAAGCGUUCCAGCCGAAGCCGCAGUCCCGUUGCGAGAGAGGGAGGGCGCGGCGAUGGUAACAACAACCCUGGGAAUAACUUGCAUGUCUCUAGUUUGAGUAAGAGUGUUGAUACUCGUGACCUUGAACAAGCGUUUGCCAAAGUUGGCCGAGUUAAGAAAGCUCAGGUUAUGUAUGAUCCUCAUUCGCGUGAGUCACGCGGAUUUGGAUUCGUUACGAUGGAGACUGGAGAGGAGGCAGAAGCUGCCAUUACUGCACUUAAUGGUACUGACCUUAACGGUAAGAAUAUGACAGUCGAGAAGGCUCGGCGAGGACGCGCUAGAACGCCAACUCCUGGACGAUACUAUGGUCCUCCUAAGCGCGGCGAUAAUGAGCGUCCUUACGAUCCUCGACCUUACGACAGCCGCUACUCUCGAGGAUAUGGUGGACCCGUUGAUGAGCCGCGAAGCCGUCGACCUCGCUACGAUGACGAUUACCGCGGUGGACGGGACUAUGACCGCUAUCGAGGAGAUUACGACAGAGGGUACGACAGAAGCUAUGACCGUAGGGGAUAUGACGAUAGACGGUACUGAGUACAAAGCCAUGAUUACACUGGACAUACUUGCCGGUCUUCCGUCAUUCGUGUGCAGCAAGUCGCCGACGCUUCGCCUCUUGGGAUGUACCAAUAUGUAGCUGUUCGGGUCCUUGGGUCUCUUCUCGUAUUAUUGUCCUUCAGUCGUGUGUUUAUUGCUAUUUUUUUUUGUGAAUCCAAUAAUCAAUUGUUCGUACUCUUGUGUGAUGCCUAUCUUGAGACAGCGUUUCCUGCACUUCCUAUGCCCAUUUCGACAACAUAACUCUCUCUUCCUAUCCGCCUCAUCUCCUCCAUCAACUCGCCUACCUUCUCGAACUCAACCCAUCGUCGCCUUAUUUCGAUAUUCUGAAGCGUCUCUAGACCAGGAAUAGGCUCUACGAAUCUGACCCUCAAGGCUAGCCAUUGCAUUGCUUUGAUGUUUGCUACAAAUUCUUCCACCUGCGUUUUAUCACCUUCACAGUAGAUUAUUCCAGGAUAACCAACUUUUGCAAAGCC